AUGGGCAGGGGCUUGUUGCCGGCGGCGGCGGGCAGCACCGUCGACGAUGGGGGCAAGUUGAAGUCCUCGUGGCCGGAGAUGGUCGGGAAGCACAUGGUGGAGGCGGCCUUCACCAUCAAGUCGGAGAGGCAGGACGUCGUCUUGGAGUUCCACACCGCCGACGACUCCCAGCCGCCGGACUUUGACGCCCACCGCGUCUGCAUCUUCGUCGACGACAACUUGAUUGUCGUCAGGACGCCUGUCGUCGGCUAG